AGAAAAUGAGGCUGUCAAGUGAGCAGGUAGCCUAGGUAGUUGGCCCAGGGGCCCCAAGGUUGCCUGGGGAAGGGGCUGCAGGAGUCAGAGCUCCCAGAGUUCCUGCUUCUCCAGGCUCCUGAGGUCCUGGGUCAAGCUUGUCUUGGAGUGUGUAUGUGUGGGUGUGUGUUGUCAUGUCCCUGGAGUCUGAACAUGGUCUGUGUGUGCCUGUUUUCACAGGCAUUCCUGCUGUUGUACUCAGGAUUUGCAAGGAAAUAGAUUUAAUACAGGACACAUAAUUCAAAGGAUUAUUUUAUAAUAUUUACCCCAAAAAGUCAAAGGCAGAAGAGUCAAAGUGUCUAUGAACUAGAGAUUCAAAGAAUCCAGCUGAGGGCCUGGAUUCCAUGGUGGUGUCCUGCACAAGUCCAGCCAAAGACCUAGAGCUCAUGACAAUGUCCUGUAAGUUUGUAUCAAGGAUCUGCACUCGGAAGACCCAAGGACCAGUGGUGGAAGCUAAAGUCCAUGCAGCAGGGUGAAGGAUCUGUGCCACAAGGUUGAGGAAUCUUCACUGGAGCCAGGAAGUGAUGCAUGAGGCAGAGACCAGAGAUCCCUUGAAAAGAACAGCAGCCGUCCCCAGUGACAGUGAGGACCUGAGCUGCUCUGACCACGAAAACAGCCAAGUUUGUAUGAAAAAAGCCAGCCAUUGCCAGCGUCUCCAGGAAAAUCAACAGCACACCAUCUUCUCUUUCAGUUCUCCUUCUAUGGUGUUGGCAACAGUCCUCAGGUGGAGCUUCAGUGCUCAGAAUGACCCUGACUCAGUUCACUUGGGCGUUCCAAGCAGACCACUAGUUAAUCCUCCAACACUGCUUCCCUUGUGUCUACCCAUGUGCCUUUGUGCACCUUGUUGUGUGUGUGUGCGUAUGUCCCCUUUGUGCAUCUGAAUAUGGACCUUCAUCUUUGAGUUCAACAUUUUCCUGUCCAGGUGUCUCUGUAUGUGUUUGAGAGAAUGUGUCUCCUGAGUGUCCAUGUGUACCUGAGUCGUAGCUUCAGUGAAGAUGCAGAGACAAGUCCUGAGGGAUAGCUUGGGAUGCUGAGUCCUAGGGUAUCUGCCUGCUCCAGCCUUUCCUGAUUCUACAGGUAUCCUAGCAACACUAUUGCCAGUUGCCUAGCAACCAGGUCCCCAUCCUUGGAGAAGGGGCAGGGUCUGGCUGGUGGGGGGAGGUCUGGCUCUCUAUGACAGCCUCUACAAGAGGAACAACACCACGAUCAGGUUCUGUGCUGAGUGGCUUUGCAGGGUGACAGUAUGGAGUCUCUCUUUCCUGCUCCAUUCUGGGAGGUCCUCUAUGGCAGCCACCUUCAGGGCAACCUGUCUCUUCUGAGCCCCAACCACAGUGGGCUGCCCCCGCAUCUGCUGCUCAAUGCCAGCCACAGUGCCUUCUUGCCUCUUGGGCUCAAGGUCACCAUCGUAGGGCUUUACCUGGCGGUGUGCAUCGGAGGGCUGCUGGGAAACUGCCUCGUCAUGUAUGUCAUCCUCAGGCACACCAAGAUGAAGACGGCUACCAAUAUUUACAUCUUUAAUCUAGCCCUGGCAGAUACCUUAGUCCUGCUCACGCUGCCCUUCCAGGGCACAGACAUCCUGCUGGGCUUCUGGCCGUUUGGAAAUACCCUGUGCAAGACAGUUAUUGCUAUUGACUACUACAACAUGUUUACCAGCACCUUCACACUGACUGCCAUGAGUGUGGACCGCUAUGUAGCUAUCUGCCAUCCCAUUCGUGCUCUUGACGUUCGGACAUCCAGCAAAGCCCAGGCCGUCAAUGUGGCCAUCUGGGCCCUGGCCUCUGUGGUUGGCGUUCCUGUCGCCAUCAUGGGCUCAGCACAGGUGGAGGAUGAAGAGAUCGAGUGUCUGGUGGAGAUCCCAGACCCCCAGGACUACUGGGGUCCUGUGUUUGCUGUUUGCAUCUUCCUCUUCUCCUUCAUCAUUCCUGUCCUCAUCAUCUCUGUCUGCUACAGCCUCAUGAUCAGGCGGCUCCAUGGUGUGCGCCUGCUCUCAGGCUCCCGAGAGAAGGACCGAAACCUGCGGCGCAUCACGCGGCUGGUGCUGGUGGUGGUGGCUGUGUUUGUGGGCUGCUGGACACCUGUGCAGGUCUUUGUUCUGGUCCAAGGACUGGGUGUCCAGCCAGGCAGUGAAACCACGGUGGCCAUUCUGCGCUUCUGCACAGCCCUGGGCUAUGUCAACAGCUGUCUCAACCCUAUCCUGUAUGCCUUCUUGGAUGAGAACUUCAAGGCCUGCUUCCGAAAGUUCUGCUGUGCGUCUGCCCUGCACCGGGAGAUGCAGGUGUCUGACCGUGUGCGCAGCAUUGCCAAGGAUGUGGCCCUUGGCUGUAAGACCACUGAGACAGUACCACGGCCCGCAUGACUAGGCGUGGACCUACCCAUGGUGCCUGUCAGCCCACAGAGCCCAUCUACUCCGAACACAGAGCUCACACAAGUCACUGCUCUUUAGACUGAUACCUGAGACUAAGCUUAUGAAGCCUUGGAUAGCUUUCCCUUUGGCCCAAGGCUGCUCGGUCACAGGAGAGGACUCACUGCAUGAUGGGACAGGUCAAAGCAUUAGGGCUGCCUCUGUGGCCUCUGCCUCUGUGGCCACUGUAGGACUAAAGCUGCUGCCCUGGGUUAGGGGCAGAGAGAAUGAAGAACACUGCCUGGAAGCAUGCUUUGUAGACUCUGUGGGCUCAGUGGAGGUACCUGCCUGGGGCCUGCAUUCACACUGCUUCACCUGACUCCCCCAUCUUCUGUCUCAGCCUGCUAAGCUCUGUGCUUUCGGUGGCUCCUGCCAGAAGUCUAGCAGCAGCUACACAGCUGUGUGUACAGUCUGUACUACAUGUGGUCUGUAUGGCAGGGUGCCAGGUACUCUCAGCUUUUUGUGUCUUCUUAGGGCAGCCAGACAGGCUUGGCACUGUCCAGGAGCACAAUGGGCAGCACUGUCCCUGAGCUUGGAGCUGCCCCUGGAGCACCUACCUGUUCUGACUUUACCUGUGCAGACAGGGUUAUCCUAGUAGGGUUACAUGUAGUUCCCAGCUGAGGCCUCGGGUGGGUCCUGGUCCCAAUGUUUGCUGAAGGUUCUCUUUCUCCUGCAUUACGUAGCUCCUGGAUGCGAAUCUGCCAUUUAGUUGCUGCCUGCUCUGCCUGACUUUGCCUCUGUUCUGGGCUCAACUUCUUCCUUUCAGGAGCCCACAGGGCGCUCGGUCUCUGGAGCCUAUAAUUUCCAGAAUUACGAAGAACUAUCAUACAUAGACCAUGUAAUGAGCUCUGAUUCUUGGGAAGCAGAAGUUGGCUGAGGAGGAUGGUGCCGGGUGACCAUCAUGGGUUGCUCUGUUGCUCACAAAACUGAUGGUCUGUGUGCCUGCUCGUGACUGCUUGGCCAGGGCAGGGCAGGGGAACACACUCUGUCCGGAGGUUCCCAUGAUCUCAUAAUCUCUGCUCUGCUUGAAGACAGAGGACAGCAGCUGUAGAGCUGAAAGGAGACCUCAUACCUUGGAAAUGGCAGCACCUGAGAUGUGUUUUUUCCUAUCGCCAGUGACUGCCAACUUCACUUGCCAGCCUAUGGAUAAGGCCCUGAGCUCGCUCCCAAAUCAGAGGCCGGCUUUACAUGCCUAUCUGAUGUGAGGUUUGGAGCUUGGCAGGGCUUACAUGAGCCAAGCUUCAAAGACUAUCAGCUUUGGGGCCACUGGAGGAAUCUUUGUAUGGGGACUCCUAGAAAAUCACCUAGAAAAUCAUACAGCUUUGCAAAUCCUGCAGAUGAACUAUUGAUCUUGUGCCACUGAGAUCUUGACCAAGGGACCUCAAGGGACAUAGACCUGGGUCAGGCUUUCAUCUCAGGGAGCCCUGGCUACAGGGCUUCUGUUUGCAGCAGGUGGGACUCUGUGACGGCUGUGGCAGGGGCCCACCUGAUUGUGGUGUUUUCUUGCCAAGGUUGAAAACUUUGUGAAUUUGUGCUGGUGUAACAUGCCUCUUAAUAUAUUUAUGCAUGUGAUAUGUGACAUUUCCCAUGCAUGUAGCCAGCCCUGAACCUGUUUUUGGGGGUAAUGAAGGAGGGCCACAAUAAACACUUGCUCACUCA